CCAGGGAUUCAGCGGGGUUAAUCGUUUUCAAAAAGCGGAUGACAUUAAGAACAGCUUGGUCGCUACUGCAUUAAGUUAUGUUGAUUUUUAUAGACCAGAAUUCUUUUUAUUGGAGAAUGUAAGAGGAAUGUUAUCCUUUCGUUUAGGAGGGAAACAAGAUGGCCUAAAGAUCAUAGGGGGGAUUAAAAUGGGUGUUAUAAAGUUCAUAAUAAGAUCCUUGACUGCAAUGGGAUAUCAGACAAGGUUUGGUAUUCAACAGGCUGGUCAUCAUGGGGUCCCUCAAAGUCGUAGACGGUUAUUUGUAUGGGGAACAAAGCAUGGCUCGUAUCUUCCUGAUUUUCCUCAACCAUCUACGUGCUUUUCGAAGCAUGGUUCAAUCAAUAUCAGCCUAACUGAUGGUACAUCAUUUACAUAUAAUAAUCGUAAAAACGGAUAUGCGCCAUAUCCGGCUGUUUCUGUUAGAGAAGCGAUUAACGAUCUACCAGAAUUCGAAUUUGUGAAUCCUCAUCAAGUUUAUCCCGCCGAAAAAGAAGAUAGAGAGCUCAAACGACCUUUUAAACAAAUAGUAGUACCUGAAAGGGGUUGGGUCGGAGAAAUGGAGUCCGAAUAUGGAUCCGAACCACUUUCUGAAUACCAACGACAGUCUCGUAAAGAUUGUACGCGUGUCUACAAUCAAAUUUGUAGGGUAUUUAAUAAGUUAACAAUUGAACGUAUCGUUCGUAUAACAAUGUUUCCCGGCGCUGAUCAUUCAAGCUUUGAAAUAUUCAUAGGUUUACCCGAAAAAUUAAAACCAUGGUGUUUAAGUGAUCCUAAUUCGGCAGCUAGUCGACAUAAUGGAUGGAAGGGUUUAUUUGGGCGUCUUGAUUUUGAAGGUCAUUUUGUUACAGCCUUAACUGAUAUAAAUCCAAUGGGAAAAACGGGGACUGUUGUCCAUCCUAAUCAGAGAAGAUUACUUACGGUUAGAGAGUGUGCACGUGCUCAAGGUUUUCCGGAUAAAUUUAGGUUUUACAGUGAUCGUGAUGAUACAAAAGAUAUGCACAGACAAAUCGGGAAUGCUGUUCCUCCUCCGUUGGCGUAUGCGCUUGGACGGUUAUUGGUGGAAGCUACUUAG